AUGACUUCUGGCACAAGAGAGAAGAUAUGGCUGUUUGUUGCUGUGACAUAUUUGUUUCAGGGAAUUACUUAUUCAGAAGAAAUGAAAAGAAUGGAGAGAGCUGUGGAUCCUGAAGCAUUUAUGAAUGUUAAUGAGCUCAUUACUUACAAAGGGUACCCCAGCGAGCAGUAUGAAGUGAUGACAGAAGAUGGUUAUAUCAUUACCAUUAACAGAAUCCCUUAUGGUACUCAGAAUCAAGGAAGCUCAGCUUCGAAACCUGCUGUGUUUCUCCAGCAUGGAUUAUUGGGAGAUGCUAGUAACUGGGUCACAAACCUGCCCAACAACAGCUUGGGCUUCAUGCUAGCUGAUGCUGGUUUUGACGUUUGGAUGGGAAAUAGCAGAGGGAAUCGCUGGUCAAGAAAACAUGAAAAUUAUUCCAUUGAUCAAGAUGAAUUCUGGGCUUUCAGUUUUGAUGAGAUGGCAAGGUUUGAUCUUCCAGCAGCAAUAAAUUUCAUUGUGGAGAAAACAGGACAGGAAAAGUUGUACUAUAUUGGCUAUUCACAAGGUACUACCAAUGCUUUCAUUGCAUUUUCAGCAAUGCCAGAGCUGGCUCAAAGAAUCAAACUCUAUUUUGCAUUGGCACCUGUCACUACUAUUAAGUAUGCUAAAGGCCCGGCCACAAAACUCCUCUACCUUCCUGAAAAAGUGCUCAGGAGUAUGCUUGGCAAAAAGGAAUUCCUUCCCCAGACUGAAGGUCUAAGAAGGAUAAUAGCCCCUGUCUGCAGCCACCGAGCUUUAGCUGGGCUUUGUAGAAGUGUCUUCUUCAGUCUGGGUGGCUGCAACUUGAAAAACAUUGAUGUGAACCGAAUCAAUGUGUAUAUUGCCCAGACCUCCGCUGGAACUUCUGUACAGAACAUAGUCCAUUGGAGUCAGGUGGCCCGCUCGGGGAAGUUCCAAGCUUAUGACUGGGGAAGUUCAAAGAAGAACAUGGAAAAAUACCAACAGACUAUUCCUCCUCUCUACAACAUAGAAAAGAUGACUGUACCAACUGCAGUAUGGACUGGAGGACAAGACUUGCUCGCAGAUCCCAAGGAUGCGGCCAUUUUACUGUCUAAAAUAAAGAAGCUCAUCUAUCACAAGAAGAUUCCUGAAUGGGCACACCUGGAUUUUAUCUGGGGAUUGGAUGCACCUUUGCAUAUGUACAAUGAAAUUAUUGAUCUGAUGCAGAAGUCCUUAACCCACAAGCAGUAG